AUGUCGUCAUCACACCCCGCUCCCCAAUCCUUCGUGGCAGUCUUCGUAGGGGCAACGAGGGGGAUUGGUCUCGCUACUCUCAAGGUUCUUGCCCGGACUUUGCCUAAUCCGCGAUUAUACGUUAUUGGUCGGUCGAAAGCGAGGUUUACGGGUGAUCUCGCUCUGCUACACGAAUACAACCCGAAUGCUACGGCACAAUUCGUCGAAGCUGAGGUUUCGCUUAUCAAAGGUAUCGAUGAUGCCUGCGAAAGAAUUAUGAAAUUGGAGAAACAUGUGGAUUUGCUGUUUAUGAGUCCUGGAUCUUUGGCGUUUGGUGGACCGCAUUAUACUGAGGAGAAGCUUGAUCUUUGUUUUUCGCUAUCCUUUUACGUCCGCAUGCGUCUUAUCGAACGCUUACUCCCUAAGCUCAUGCAAGCACCACACCCACGGGUUCUCUCCGUUCUAGCCGGGGGCCACGAAGGCCCACUGUUCACCAGUGACGGGGAUAUCGGAUUACGAAAGAAGGAGAACUAUACAGCGCCAAGGGCGGUAAAUCAGGUCACUACACUGCACAGUCUUGUUUUCAUCCACUUUGCGUCUCACUACCCAAAGGUGUCUUGGUUGCAUGUCCAUCCCGGCUGGGUGGCGACUACCUUUCUGUCUGAUUUGCUGCAGAGCGCUGGCGUUAUCGGUGUACUGGCUGGGAAGUUCAUUUUGCCUGUUUAUCGAUCUGUAGCUAUGUCUGAAGAUGAAUGUGGACUGCGGCAGACUGGUUAUGCUUUGAGUGGGAGAUACCCAAGCAGGGAAAUGAUUUGUUCUGCAGUCGUGGACGUUACUGAUCAGGCAGCCUGCCACGGGCCAUGUAGUGGGUUCUAUCGUGUCUUGAGCGACGGGAGCACAGCCACGGAUGACAAGUUGGGUUCUCUAGAGAAAGAAGGGUGGCCUCUCAAGGUCUUUAUGCAUACCCAGCAGGCGUUUGGUGAGAUAUUGAAUCAGAAGUAG